AUGAUUAAAUUAGACACACUAUCCAUCCCUCAUACUUCCGAUUUAUCAUCUUAUGCCAAUCCAUAUUCAAUGGCAGGGAAUAAGCAUUUAAAUUCAAGACGAAUUUCUGGAUCAGAUAAUAGUGAUAGAGAAUCAAGUGUGGAAGCUGAACAUGAUCAAUCAAAACCAAAAAAAGUUCGUUUACCUUCAAUCUCAAGUAUAGCCUCAUCACUAAGACAACCAAUAACAAUCAACACCAAUUCACCAAGUUUACCAACUUUGACUUACAACCAAAGAGCUCAUUCCAAUCCAGAGCUGAAUAAUCUACAUGUUGCUGCUGAAAUAUUCACCAAAAAUAAUGAUCCGUCAAAUUCAUCCACCAGUUCACAAUCUGAAAUCAAUAGAUCUCAACAUCCAUCUCCAGUAACGCAGCAACAACAGCAUGUUGUGUACUAUCAAGCUGUUCCACCUCAGCAACAACAGCCAGUUUUUCCACCUCCUCAGUUUCAUCAACUUCCUCCUCCACAAGGUUCUCAAGCUCCAGUACAGACUAAUCAACCAUUUCCACCUUUUGCUCAACAUCAACCACAUCCAUACUAUAUGCCUGGUCCACAUAUGGAACAAGCUCCACAUUAUACAACCACAACGCAACAUCAUUUAUCUCAGCAUCACCAAAUUAAACCAAAAAGAACAUAUACCCGCCGUUUAUCCAAGUUCCAACAAGAAAACAAAUUGAAACCCCCAUUGUUUUGUCAACGAUGUGGAAUAACAGAGACUCCAGAAUGGAGGAAAGGUCCAAAUGGGGCAAGAACUUUGUGUAAUGCUUGUGGGUUAUUUCAUGCUAAAAUCUUGAAAAGAGAUGGUCCUGAAGCUGCUGCCAAUGCCAUCAAUUCUAAUAAAGUUAUCAAAAAGAAUGCAUUCAAAAGACGCAGCUCUGUUAAUGAUGCUCCUCAAUUAGUCAUUCCACAUUUCAAUCAUCCAUCACAACAAUUACAUAUAUCACCACCAAUGUAUCAACAACCACAACCUGGUGCUGUGAUUUUACCACCUGGUAAUAUUCCUCAGCAAUUCAUUACACAACCACCACAACAGCUAAUGCAGCAUCACCAACAACAAAUACAUCCUCUUCAAGUUAAUUCACCACAUCCUAUACAUACACAAACUUUGCAGCAACAACAACAGCAACAAGGUGUCAUUUUAUCACCAAUUUCACCUUCUUCUUUGCAUCACCAUAUUCAUCAUCAUAGUGAGACCAUUAAAGAUUCAAAAAAUCAUUAA